UCUGUGGGAAUGAUCUCGACCUCCUUUUCGGUGAGCUAGUAAGCACCAAACUUGCUUGUCGUCUUCCCCCUCCCCCGCCAUGGCUGUUGACGUGGGCCCCACCGUGGUUGGACGCCGUUCACCCUUGCAAUAAUGCAACUCCAGAAUUAGGACAUGGUGGGCUUGCCACUUCUGCCACAAUCCUUGGCUAUCCAUCCCUAUUAUAUACCUGCGACUCCGAUCCUCUUCCUCCUCCUUCACACAGAUCAGUGGCAGCACUCUCACUCGCCCAUCCAUCCAAGAGCUCAGCUCAGGUCGCCGCCGUGCUCUCCAAUGGAGGCGCCUCCGUCGUCUCUAGCCACGGCCGCCACCGGCACCUAUGACGACGACGACGACGACUAUGUCCUCAACCUGUCGCUGACGCUGGGCCCCACCUCGCCGCCACCCUCCUCUCCCGACUACGCUGCCGCAAUCCCGGUUUCUGAUGGUGGUGGCGGCGCCGCCGGCAGAGGUGGUGUGAAGCUCUUCCCUUGCCUCUUCUGCAACAAGAAGUUCCUCAAGUCGCAGGCGCUAGGGGGGCACCAGAAUGCGCACAAGAAGGAGAGGAGCGUCGGGUGGAACUCUCACCUCUAUCGCCCCGCGGGGACACCCACCGCCGCCGCCGUCCCCAACAUGGCUGCGCCGCCGAUCAACCAAGCAGCUCCUAUGGCGGCGGUGCCGAUCCAGGUCUCGCACUCGUGCCGCUCCUCCCAACGUGCGCACCUCGACGACACGGCGAUGCUCGGAGGGUCUCUCUACUACGCCACCGAUAAUGGUGGUGACGGUGGCAGCGGCUUGUCGCGGUGGUGGUACGCGGAGGGCGGCCAGUCGUGUGCGCUCGGCGGGGACGAGAGGCAGAAGCAAAGGCAGAGGCAUGUUGACCUCAACCUGAAGCUCUAGUUACGUACGAGUUAGUUGCUCAUGCUGAAUGCGUGAGGUAUUUAUUAUUUUGUACUUUUGAGUUUUGACUUCUCUUUCUUUCUUUUUGUUGUUGCCUCUCUCUUUUUUUUAACUAGUGUGUAAGGAGUACGUCCUUCUGCCGAUUGUGCAACGGCUUAUUGUAACGUUCUCAAGCUGUUGUCCAGUUGCAUGAUGGCUGCUGGCAUGGGGUUGCAGUUUGUUGGGCCAGAGAAGUGUGGAACACUUUGGAACACGUUUAAUUUUCCUUUUUGGACAUGCUGUAACCUCACAGUCUUCCAAGUUUCCAUGAACUACCCAUGCAUUAUCGUGGACUGAACUCA